ACUGUCAAUGUACCAUAACCUUAAAACAAUACUGUUUGUAAAUCUGUCACCUUUAUUUACCUAAUUUCUUGUUAAAAACUAAUCAUAAAUAGGCCGUCAAAAUGAUGGGAGCAGGGCGGAUUGGUUUGCCAGGAAUAACUGAUAACCCCUUGAGUGUGUCAUGGCACGAUUCAGCCUGGAUUCCAAACUUAAAUACUUCCAAUGUGAUGGAUUACUUUUCUGAAAGGAGUAAUCCGUUUUUUGAUAGGACUUGUAACAAUGAGAUUGUUAAGAUGCAAAGGCUUAAUCCUGACCAACUACAAAAUAUGACAGGAUUGGAGUAUGUUUUAUUGCAUGUACAAGAACCUAUUUUGUAUGUUAUAAGAAAACAACAAAGAUAUUCGCCUCAACAGGUCACUUCUUUAGCUGAUUAUUAUAUAAUUGCUGGAACUGUAUAUCAAGCCCCUGAUUUGGCUAGUGUAUUGAAUUCAAGAUUGUUAUCUGCUGUUCACCAUCUUCAGUCAGCCUUUGAGACUGCUUCAAGUUUUGCAAGGUACCAUCCUAGUAAGGGUUAUUCUUGGGACUUUAAGUCCCAAAGAGGUACAGAUAAAGCCAAGCCCAAGGAGGAAAAACCUAGAGAAGAACCAAGUUCAUUGUUUCAGAGGCAAAGAGUCGAUAUGCUUUUGGGUGAACUUAUUAGGAAGUUUCCUUUGCCAGCUCCACCUCAACCAAAAAUUCAAGCUCCACCUGUAAAAACUGAUGUUGAAAAUGGACAAACUGAAAAUAAGGACAUUAAAACCGAAAUAAAACAAGAAAAAAUUAAACCACCUCCAGAAAAGAAACCAAGAAUUAAUUAGAACAUUAUAUUUCCUAUAAGUGUAUAAGUUAGAUUUUAAGUAUUUAUAGUAUUUCAUUUUUUAUAUUUGAAUAAAAAAAUUAUCUUCAAA